AUGAAAACCCUUACGCAAGUGGACAACGCAAGCGACCGCGUGGGCCGAGGAGCAGCUGACUUCAUCGCAAGCCUAACAGAAACCUACCUCCCCACCCUGACCCUCUCUUCCUCCACCUCCCUCUCCACCUUCCAGUUCAUCAACUCAACCCUUCUGGAAAAAGCAUUCACUUCCCUCGCACUCGCGUACUUCGCCCGGGCGCAAAACUGUCCACCCGCACGAACGGAAGCAGCGCGUGCCUAUUCCGCGGUGCUGCGCGAGGCGCGAAGUACCCUCGCUUCCAUAAGCGUUGCCACUGGGGCUAGGAUCGAUGGAUUUGGCAUCGAUGUCCUCCUGUUGAUGAUCUUUUUUAUGAGUCGGUACGAGGAUACCGUUCACUCGCGGUCUGUCUCCUUGAGAUUCCGUGGGGGAGCGGGCAAUCCACGUGGUUCUGGGGAUGGUUCGCCAAAAGGAUUGCGGUCUGGGAUGUUGGCAAGCUUCGCGCAUCACGACGGGGCGGUGGCUGUUCUGAGGGUUUGGGUUGAUACUUGCCGCUGUCGCGGAGGGCAUAUGGGAAGGGGGGCGAUACCCUCGGAGGUGGUGAAGCUGACGAGGCGGGCGGUGAUGAGGUCUGCCCUUAUGCGGGGGAUGAUGUUGCCGGAGUGGAUGCACUCCGGGGAAGUGUUUGAGGAGGGAACUGGCGGCGUGGAGGAGAGGUUGGAUGCGCUGGCGGUUAGGGUUGUGGAGUUACGGGGAAGAAGUGUUGCGCUGGGUGGAGCUGGGGCGGACUCGGGUCAGACAUCAUGCGAGGAACGUUGGUUUGGGGCUGCCGCUGCUGCGAAGAGGGUCUAUUCGGAGGGGAAGAGGGUGAGGAGUGCGUUGGAGGCGUGGAAGGGCGGGGUGGAUUGGAUUCAAAGGGAGAUGGUUGCGGCAAAGGAGAAAGUGUACUACUUCCCUACCCUGGCACAGGCGGUUCUAUGGUGCCAUUACUUGACGCUGGCCAUGUUGAGUGAGAGUGUUUGUCUGAGGGUCUUGGAGUUCGUGAAACACGAAAUCACCGGGUCCGGGGCGGCCGGCUGGUGCGACCAUCUUGCUGCGAGAGAUUUGGCUGCUGCUCAUGAGGUAGACUUGAAGACUCUGGCCAGGCAGUUGAUGGCCUCGGUACCAUUUGUUCUGGGACAGGUACAGAUUACGGAGAGUGCGGCAUGGGGGGUGUGCAAUGCGACGUGGGAUAAGACGCUGCCGCCCUCGCCGUAUAGGGCUAGUUUGCUGGUGUGGCCAUUGACGGUGGCUUCGGGGAUAGACAGGCUAGAGGAGCAGCAGCGAUGGUUCAAGGCACAGCUGGGGUACUUGGGGCGAGUGACAGGCGUUGGGGUCUUGGAGUGUGCUGAGGGAGAAGAGUGGCUGACUUUCUAG